AUGACCCCUGCAAACCUAAAUAUGGACGGUGGUCGCUCUCUGGGCCUAAUGAUCAGAGGUGGUGCGGAGUAUGGACUGGGUAUCUACAUCACUGGAGUGGACCCUGGAUCUGCUGCAGAUGCUGGUGCACUAAAGGUGGGUGACCAGAUCCUGGAAGUCAACAGUCAGAGCUUUCUCACCAUCUCCCAUGAUGAGGCAGUACAAAUCCUCAAAACAGGACGCCACCUGCUGAUGAAGGUGAGGGAUGUUGGUCGUCUGCCUCAUGCACGCACAGUGGUGGAUGAAACCAAAUGGAUCUGCGGUCAGGCCAUAGCUGAAACCAAUGCUACAGCUAAUCCAAGUUCUGUCACCAACCCCACUGUCAACGCUGGCACCCAAGGUAGUGCCAUGUGUUGUAAGGGUGUGAAGCCAGCAGUUCACAGAGGUGUGGGCCCACCAGGUGCUCAGGUGUCUCUGGAGCAGCAGGCCUACAUGCUGCUAACGGAGCCAGAGAGGCAGACCAUGGCCUACUACCUGCAGGAGUACCAGGAGGGACACAUAGAAGUGGAGCCACUGGCUAUGGCUCUGUUUGAGCUCUUUAACACACAUGCAAAGUUGUCCAUGUUGUCUGAGGUGAGGAGUCUGGUGGCUCUCCACGACCUGGAGUUGUACGACAGGCUGGUGUUGCACCGUGAGAGGGAGGCCCACAAGGCCUGGCAUGGAGGCCUGGGGGUGCUUUAUCCACAGGGCCACUGCAACCACCCUGCCUCUGUGAUCCAUGAUGCAGACCACACCGUCCCUGCUACGGAUGAAAUGCAGGCUUCAGAUGAAUCUUCUCCAUUCUUCAGGACUGCCCAUCUCCAGGCUCAGAGCAAGCCGUCUCAGGAGAAGGAGCAUAGCCAGAAGCCUUCUGCUCGGCGGUUGCAGCCCCGUUCCAGCUUGCUCUUCACUGGCCCCACCUGGCUACUCCAGGAGUGCCUCCACAAGUCGCUCAAAGCCCUCCCCACCACCCAUCAGCCCUCACCAGUCUCUGCACACCACACAUGCGCUGGUGUGAGCCACCACACGUCACUCAAUGCACUCCAUCACACCUGUCAGAGUUCCCGUCAACUCUCUAAAUCUGAACACCAGAACCAUCCCCACUUUGCUCAUCAGUUCCACCACCAUGCUGCCCACCACAGCCAGCCCAGUUCAGGACACCACACCUGCCCAGGCUUCCUGCACCACCGGGACUCCUCCAACUCUGCUAAGCCAGAGGCAUCUGUCAAACUCCCUUCCAGAUCCAGCUCCUAUGAGAGGUCCUCCUACUUGUCAAAGUCUGGGUCCUCAUCCAGGGCAGCAUCUCCCAUGCCAUCCCCUCAUCCAUCACCCCAUCUCUCGCAACGUCCCUCCCCCUGUCCCUCCCCUUGCCCCUCUCUCAUCACACCUACUGCUCCGCCCUGUAGUCCCGACCGGCCCUGCUCACCUGCCCUCAUCCAGAAAAUCAUCAUAACAGACAUGAACCGGCUGUCUGCAGACUCCAGACAACAGCAUAGAGGGGCCACCCUGUCCCAGCUGUCAGACAGUGGCCAGACUCUGAGUGAGGACAGCGGGGUGGAUAUAGCCGAGGCAGGAGGCCUCAGUAAGGACGGCAGCCCUCGACCCAGCAAGAACCAGCAGGCCAAUCUGGAACAGCCAGGGACCCAUGCACUUCUUCCAGGAACCAGACAACAGACUGGCUCCCCGGUCCCAGUUCCCACAGCUACCUUGGUACGAGUAGUGAAAAAUGCCAACACCCUUGGCAUUGCUAUAGAGGGGGGAGCCAACACACGCCAACCAUUACCGCGCAUAGUCACUAUUCAGAAAGGAGGCUCCGCUCAUAACUGUGGUCAGCUGAAGGUGGGUCAGGUCAUCCUGGAGGUCAAUGGCAUUUCUCUGAGAGGUCGGGAGCACAAGGAUGCUGCCCAGAUCAUAGCUGAGGCAUUCAAGACCAAAGAGAAGGACCAAAUCGAGUUCCUGGUGGUUGAGCCAGGACUCUAG